AUGGAGGGGCUCAACUAUUCCCGAGUAUCUGAAUUUGUGUUACUUGGACUGACUGACUCUCCUGAGCUCCAGAUAUUCUUCUUUGUGGUGUUUUCCAUUUUUUAUUCAAUGACCAUGUUUGGCAACUGCCUGAUUUUGCUCACUGUGCUCUCCACCUCACACCUGCACUCCCCCAUGUUCUUCCUGCUCAGCAACCUAUCUCUCAUUGACAUGUGCCUGUCUUCCUUUGCAACACCAAAGACAAUUGUGGACUUCUUUGAGCAGCGGAAGACCAUCUCUUUUGAGGGCUGUGUCUCUCAGAUCUUUUUUUUGCACCUCUUCACUGGGACUGAGAUUGUGCUUCUGAUUUCCAUGUCUUUUGACAGGUACAUUGCAAUAUGUAAACCACUCCAUUAUUCAACAAUUAUGAGCCAAAGAGUGUGUGUUGGACUUGUGGUAACUUCUUGGGCAGUGGGCUUCCUACAUACAAUAAGCCAGUUAGUUUUUACCCUCUAUUUGCCCUUCUGUGGUCCCAAUGUUAUAGACAAUUUCUUCUGUGACCUUCCUUUGGUCAUUCAGCUGGCUUGUAUAGAUAUUUAUAUUCUUGGGAUCUUCAUGAUCUCAACUAGUGGUGUGAUUGCUCUUGUAAGUUUUCUGCUUCUGCUCACCUCCUACAUCAUUGUUCUUAUUACUAUCAGGGACCACUCCUCUGUAGGAUCAUCUAAGGCGCUUUCUACCUGCACUGCACAUUUCAUAGUUGUAUUAAUGUUUUUUGGACCUUGCAUCUUUAUUUAUGUGUGGCCUUUCACAAACUGCUUGGUGGAUAAAAUUCUGUCUGUUUUCUAUACCAUCUUCACUCCCUUUCUGAAUCCACUUAUCUACACUUUGAGAAACCAAGAGGUAAAAGCAGCAGUGAGAAAGAAACUAGGUAACCAAUAUUUCAGUUUUGGGAAAACUACUCCACAGUAUCCAGUGUCAUGA